UUCCGUGAACGUACAAGUUCUCGCGAUCGUACACUAUCUCAGUGAAGGAAGGAAGGAAAACAUUACGAAAAGGCUGACUUGAAUCGGAACUUAAUGAAUUAAGGCAGAACACCUUAAUUCCUUGAAGACAUCCUCCACAUGUGAAGCUCUUCACUGGCUCACAGUAUUCUGUCCUCUCUGCCCCCCACUGUCUUCAAUGAUGUAGCUGAGUUUUAUCGUCUGUGCAGCAGUUCGUCGUAGAGGGCCAUUCCCUAUUGCCUUCUGUGGAUUCCUGCCCAGACCUCCAUGUCUCCUUUCCUUCACACUUUACCACCCUGAGUCUGGAACAUCACCUCUCCUGAGUCGAACCAGUGACUAUACCCCAGUUCAUCCCUGGUUGAACAGUCCACCUGCCUCUACUUCCUCCACCCUAAGGCCAUGCUGUUCUCUUUGCGGGAGCUGGUCCAAUGGCUGGGCUUUGCCACUUUUGAGCUCUUCCUCCACCUGGGGGCUCUACUGGUCUUCAGCGUGCUGGUAGCGCUGCGUGCCGACCUCUUCGACCCCAGCAUGAGCUGGUGGCUGGUCUUCAUCCCUCUGUUUGCCGCUGAUGGCCUCAGCACCUACUUCACAGCCAUCGUGUCCAUCCGGCUGUACCAGGAGAAUGAGAAAAGGCUGGCAGUGCUGAGGCUGCUGUGGGUGCUGACGGUACUCAGCCUCAAGCUGGUGUGUGAGGUGCUGCUGUGCCAGAAGCUGGCAGAGCAGGAGCAGGCACGCGACCUGUGGUUCGGUCUCAUUGUCUCGCCACUCUUCAUCCUCCUGCAGCUGCUGAUGAUUCGCGCCUGCCGCGUCAACUGAGGCCAGGGGCGGUUUUGUUUAGCAACAAAAUCGACAUGUGCACAACUAUGGGGCAAUAGAGACAGGGUUGGCUUAGAUCAGUGAUGGGUAAAUUUGGUUGUGUAUCAGCAGUUUUUCUCAUGUUACGUCAGUCACUGACAGUCACUCAAUUAGCCCAUGUCAGUUAAAAUGUUUUAGAUUUGUAAAUUAGCCUUGCCAGCAAUCUAAACUUGUGGCAAUCAUGGUCAAAUUACCAACCAGGGGCACCCCAUUGAUUUUGUUAGUCACUAUCACUCAGAUAUCAUAUUAAAAACUGCAAACAUUUCUCUCCACCCUAUGGCAAAAUGUGUAGAAUUGCAGGAAAUUAGCUGUAAAACUGCAUAUUAUUCUUUCCGCUGUCACGUUUUGCUGGGAAGUUGGGGGGCAUCAACAUUUCCCUUAGGGCCCCCAAAAGGCUAGGGCUGGCUCUGAUUGCAUGUAGGUACACACAUAAUAAUAAAUGCCAUUUAGCAGACGCUUUGGACCCAGACCCAGAUCCACUGUGGCCCCUCAUGAUGAGUUCAGAUUU